GUGAGGCAGCUGGUAUCUGAGCGUGGAUAUGCAGAUGUACAUACUCUCGCCCCUAUUGCUCUUUGCACUCUACAAGUGGGGCAAGAAGGCAGCCAUUGGCACCGUGAUUCUUAUUGUGCUGCUAACUGUAUAUCUCUUUACUAUCAUGAUGAUAAAGAAACAUUCUGUGUUCUUUAAAAAUCAAGAUGGUUCGCAUCGUCUGCUAUAUUUUUAUACCCAUACUCAUGCGGCUCCUUGGCUUAUUGGCGCCGUCUGGAUCGGCCGGGAUCUGUCGACACUAUCCGAUUCGCUCUACUACUCCCUGACGCGCGUUCAUCGAAGAGCUCAAUGCCAGACGAUAUCAGUCGAAUACGUAUUUCUCCAACUACGAAAUGGCAGCUAA